UUUUGUUUCUCUACAGCCCGUUGGGGUGUGUUGUAGUUUUUUAUUGUUACCAUUAUCAUUAACUCUAAUUUUCAAAACCUCAAACAGUGAUAACUUUCUCGUUAAGGGUAUCUUUGUUGGGGAAUCUAAGUGUAUUUUGGCUUUUUAGGUGCUGAUUCUAGCCUGGGUUCUUUCCUUUUUAUCUCUCUGGGGUUGGCUGUGCUUUGUUUGGGGCUGUUAUUCCGUGUCUCAGUCAGGGCCAAAUAAGAUGGAGGGUGAAAACAAUGCUACAGGGUUUGGUGACACGACUUACACCAAGAUCUUUGUUGGAGGUUUGGCUUGGGAGACUAAAAGAGAUGCCCUGAGACGUUAUUUUGAGCAGUUUGGAGAGAUUCUAGAAGCUGUUGUUAUUAAUGAUAAAACUACAGGAAGAUCAAAAGGUUAUGGCUUUGUGACGUUUAAGGAUGCUGAUUCGGCGAUGAGGGCUUGCCAUAAUCCAUUUCCUGUGAUUGAUGGAAGGAGAGCAAACUGUAAUCUUGCAUCUCUUGGUGCUCAAAAGAAUCGUCCAACUUCUGCCUCUCAGCAUGGAAUGGAGAAAUUUAGCCCACCACCUCGAGUCAUGGCACCACCCAGUACUGGUACCCCGGCUGUUUACCGACAAAUCAUCCCGCAAUAUGCAUUUCCUUAUUCGGCUUACGGGUAUCCUGGCUACACACAGGACAUUUAUUUAAUGAACUAUUACAAUGCAUACGGAGGGCAACAGCUCCCAUCCCAUUUCACCACAGGUUCAUCAGGAUCCCAUGGAGUCUACUUAAGUUACUUCCCACUCUAUCACCAGCAAGGACACAGCAGCCCAACUCAGUAUCCCAAGAUCAGUCACUAUCCUUACCCGUCUCCGCCAUACCGUGCAUAUGGGACCUUAACACUUCCUCCAGCUGCCUCUCCAUCACCGCUCGCCGCCAGCGCUGCACCAGCCACAGCAGAAGCUGCCGGUAUGCCUGGAACUGCCUCUGCACAGAACUCGUCAGCGUAAUGCCAGCGCCAGUAGAAAUGUGGAAAGGAUACAAACAAAGAAGUCAACUGAAUAUACUCUCCUAUAGGCAGAAAAAAAAGGAAAGAGGUUUUACAUUUCUCCUUUUUUUUUUUUUUUUUUCACAAAAACACACCUCAAUCAUAUAUGGCAAAGACCCAGGGAAGAAUUCAAGACUAAAUGACAGAAUACGUUUUUGGCUUUUUUAGCUUUGCUAUUUGGAUUAUAGUGUAUUCUUUUUGACAGGCAACAAUUUACACACUUUUUUUCUACCCCUUUUAGGAAUACACUUUUGUUUAAAUUCAUGUAUCAAAUGAUCCUACACUGUUUCUUUUAGCCAAACCAUAUAUGUUCCCAUUAUUGAUCAUGAAUAUUCAUAAGAUUUUCAGUUGUUUUUUUCU